CACCCAAUCCUCCUCCCUCUUCUUCCAAAUCAUAUCAUCAUGGGCAUUUGCAGUUCUUACGAAUCGACGUCGGUGGCGACGGCGAAGUUGAUAUCACACGACGGCAGGUUACAGGAAUUUUCGUACCCAGUAAAAGUGUCAUACGUUCUACAAAAGAAUCCAUCCACCUUCAUUUGUAACUCCGACGAGAUGGAAUUUGAUGAUGUGGUUUCCGCCAUUAGCGACGACGACGAGCUUCAACUUGGUCAGCUUUAUUUCGCGCUUCCGUUGAGCCGGUUGCGACACCCGCUUCAACCGGAGGAAAUGGCGGCAUUGGCCGUGAAAGCCAGCUCUGCAUUGGGUGGUUGUCGCCGGAAAAACGUGUCUUUUACUACGUCUGGGGAGAAGUGUCAUACCAAGAGUUCGGGUCGGGUGGCGGAUGCCGGUGUUUUAGAGACAGGAAACAGGAGGGGUGGCGUAAGACGCGGCGGCGGCGGCGGUGGUAGUGGAAGAAGACGAAACUUUUCAGCAAUGUUGAGUGCUAUACCGGAGUAGAUUUCAAUAGGUUGAGAAAAUGAAAAAUGAAAAAUGAAAAAUGAAAAUGAAUGCCAAUGGCAAUGUUUGUAAAUAGUGUAUGAAAGUAAGGGUGAUUCUUGUAGCGAGAUCUAUGGAUUGCUUUUAUCACGAGGCAGUUCAUAUUCGGAAGUGUACUUUUUUCUCUUCCGCCAUUUCAAGUCUUUCCAUUUUUGGGGUUUCCUUCCAA